AGGGCAGCAGAGAGCGAAGCCGGGCGGGUUUGCGAGGGGAAGAAGGCAGUGUCUGCAUUGCAGAAGCUCCGUCUCUCUCUCUCUCUCUCUCUUUUUCUCCCCCCCCCCCGCCCGCCCGCCUCUCGCAGCUGCUCGGAAAUGCCUUCCUGAGCCGGGAUGCUGGAGCUUGGCUCGAGGAGGAGCAGGAAAGGGCUUUGACAUCUUCAGAUUCUGUGAGCAGCGUGUGAAAGCAGGCUUGUUCUUGCGCAGAUCUCAGAUGGAUAGCUGUAGUUAUUCAGUGACUUUUCCUCCACAAUCCAUUUCCAUUUCUCAGGGGACACAACUUAUUCACACACUCUACUGUGAUAAAAAUGAACUGUUGUCUUCAUUGAAAAGAAGUGGUAUAAGGUCCAUCUAACACAUGCCGCCCAAAACUGUUACUUAAAGUCUACUGAAACCAAGACCGGGAUCAGGACCAAGACUCUAUCUCUGAAGUGGAAUCAGCUUCGCCAAAGUGCUGCAGUCCCAUCACUGUAGAUUUUGUGGCUGGAAGAAAGCAGAAAGGAGGGACACUUGAAAGAAAAACAGAAGACAAUUGUCCAGUAAGCAGGUUUAAGAUGGUACUAUGGCUGCGUUUUAUGUAGCAGAAUGAGGAGCUCUGAGACUAAGCUGCCACUGCUGUCUGAUGAUGCCACCACUGUAUUGAAAACCAGAAGAAAUCUUUGAGCAUUUUUUCCCUGUAAAAAGUAUUCACCUGCAGAUGGAACGACAGUAGAAAGAUGGAUGUCUUGUAGCCUGUUGCCAAAUCCUGCCACUGCUGUACAUCCAGCAGUACUUCUACAUGAUCCCAUGACUCUUGAUAUGGAUGCGGUCCUGUCAGACUUUGUUCGGUCCACAGGGGCAGAACCGGGUUUGGCAAGAGACUUGCUAGAAGGCAAAAAUUGGGAUUUGACUGCCGCCCUGAGUGACUAUGAGCAGCUUAGGCAGGUUCAUACAGCUAAUCUGCCACAAGCGUUCAACGAAGGGAAGUAUCCUAAGCCACAGCAGGAAACGGAUCCUUCCCAACAGGUGAACAAGAGUGAACGACCAUCACUUCAAAGACAGGAUGACAUUGCUCAAGAAAAGAGGCUGUCUAGAGGAAUUUCUCAUGCCAGCUCAGCCAUAGUCUCCCUUGCACGGUCCCAUGUGGCCAGUGAAUGCAACAAUGAACAUUUCCCUUUGGAGAUGCCCAUCUACACAUUCCAGCUCCCUGACCUUAGUGUUUACAGUGAAGACUUUAGAAGCUUCAUUGAGCGGGACUUGAUUGAGCAAGCAACCAUGGCCGCUCUGGAACAAGCUGGUCGUCUUAACUGGUGGUCCACAGUGUGUACAAGCUGUAAACGCCUUCUCCCACUGGCAACCACAGGGGAUGGCAACUGCCUCUUGCAUGCGGCUUCCCUAGGAAUGUGGGGGUUUCAUGACCGGGACCUUGUCUUACGGAAAGCACUUUACACAAUGAUGCGAAGUGGUGCUGAAAGGGAAGCCUUGAAGAGAAGAUGGAGGUGGCAGCAGACACAGCAGAAUAAAGAGUCAGGGUUAGUUUACACAGAAGAAGAGUGGGAGCGGGAAUGGAAUGAGCUGCUCAAACUGGCUUCGAGUGAACCACGAACUCACUUCAGCAAAAAUGGAGGCACUGGAGGCGGAGUUGACAACUCUGAAGAUCCUGUGUAUGAGAGCCUAGAGGAGUUCCAUGUUUUUGUCCUGGCACAUAUAUUAAGGCGACCGAUUGUUGUUGUUGCAGACACAAUGCUACGAGACUCGGGAGGAGAAGCAUUUGCACCAAUUCCAUUUGGUGGAAUUUACUUGCCUUUGGAAGUCGUGCCUAACCGAUGUCAUUGCUCACCUCUGGUCCUUGCCUAUGAUCAAGCGCAUUUCUCCGCUCUUGUUUCUAUGGAGCAAAAAGAUCAACAAAGGGAACAAGCGGUGAUCCCUCUGACUGAUUCUGAACACAAGUUACUACCUUUGCACUUUGCGGUUGAUCCUGGGAAAGAUUGGGAGUGGGGGAAGGAUGACAAUGAUAACUCCAAGCUGGCCAAUUUGAUUCUGUCUCUGGAGGCAAAGCUUAAUCUUCUGCACAGUUACAUGAAUGUAACCUGGAUACGCAUACCAUCGGAAACACGGGCUCCUCUGGCUCAGCCAGAAUCUCCCACUGCGUCAGCAGGAGAGGAUGUCCAGUCUCUCGCUGAUUCCAUGGACUCCGACAGGGAUUCCAUCUGCAGCAAUUCUAAUGGCAAUAAUGGGAAAAAUGGGAAAGAGAAAGAAAAGCAAAGGAAGGAUAAAGAAAAAAACAGGGCUGAUUCAGUUGCAAACAAACUUGGGAGUCUCAGUAAAACUCUAGGCAUCAAGCUCAAGAAGAAUAUGGGUGGGCUUGGGGGACUAGUGCAUGGCAAAAUGAGCAGAGCAAAUUCAGGAAAUGGGAAAAAUGGGGAGAUCAUUGAGAAAGUCAAAGAGAAGAAGUCCAAAUCACGCAAAGGAAGCAAAGAAGAGUCUGGCCAGUCUGCAAGCACUUCUCCAUCUGAAAAGACAACCCCCUCUCCCACUGAAAAGACAAGCAUUUCGCCUGUUGAAAAAAUGAAUUCUAAAUCUCCUUCAGAUAAACAGUCAGACCCAUGGAAGUACAGUACUGAUGUGAAGCUGAGCCUCAAUAUCUUGAGAGCUGCCAUGCAAGGGGAACGGAAGUUCAUCUUUGCUGGCCUCCUCUUGACCAGCCAUAGACAUCAGUUCCAUGAGGAGAUGAUUGGCUAUUACUUGACCAGUGCCCAGGAGCGCUUUAGUGCUGAACAGGAACAGAAGAGGAAAGAGGCAGAGAAGAAGGCUACUCUCAAUGGAUCAUCAUGCAGGAAACUGGAGCAAGAAAUGUACUCAAAAGAGAAGUUGGAAGCAUCUCCUCAGGGAAGGGCAUCACCAGUCUUGCCUCAAAGCCAUACGACUCAACUGGUUUUAAAGUUUAAAGACCGUACUAGUCCCACACCAGGGUCAUUUUCGUCACCUAGCAAUGGUGCCAAGAAAAGUGGACCCAUUCCAUUGUCUGCCCACUAUAGCCAUACACCCCCUGUUCAGAGGCAAAGUGUCAUCCACUUGCACGAUGUCAACUCCAAGCCAUCAAGCUUCCAGGAUGAUACCUACAAACCGGUGGUUGGCACUUUAAAAACAUGUGCCACAUAUCCCCAACAGAACCGGUCAUUGUCUUCACAGAGCUAUAGCCCAGCCCGAAUAGCAGGCAUCCGUACUGUCAACACAGUGGAGUCACUGACCUAUGUUAUGCCUACGGACCACAAGUCACAAACAUAUACCAAUGGGUUUAAUACCAGUGACAUCAGAGACUGCUUGGAAUAUGCCGAUGAGGAUGCACCGCAGACCUGGUUGAACAAUGACAAAAAUCGAGGCAGGAGCACAGUUAGCCCGAUAUAUUCAAUCCAGCAGAACCGCUGCAAGAAGGAGAACUGCUCUUUUUAUGGUCGCCCCGAGACUGAAAACUAUUGUUCCUACUGCUAUAAGGAGGAGCUGAAACGCAGGGAGCAAGAAAGUAAGGGGCACCGACAUUGAAGGUGAUGGAGCUCUUCCCAUGAAUAUUUAUUUCCUCCAUUUUCUUACUUGUAAGGUAUGUGGCAAUGGAUUACAGGAGGAAGGAAAAGAGAAUCCUGCAGAGGGAUCUGUGGGGAGAAAGGUCCAGCUUAUUUGUUUUUCCCCUGCAGCAAUGAAAAACUAAGAAUUAAUUUAUCAUAAAGAGUUUAUUAUUUUCCAUUUUGUCAGUGUCUUUUUUACAUACACUGGUAAGCUGAAAGGUUCUUUACUCCUUUGUCAGUGCUGUGUAUACGUUUGGUCAAAAUUUACUAAUGGUGCCUGAAUUUACACUGACAUCACUCAGGUAGUAGGAAGAUAGGGAAAAAGUCAUAAUAACUGGAAAUGUGGUAUUGUAAUAAGAUGUGUCUGUUUCAUGCUUUAGAGCCAUCUCAUCUGAAUAAAUAUAACUUUUUCAUAGCUCUUUCCUCUUCCUUUAAAAAUUGGGGGAAGAAUAGUAAUUUGCAUAUAGUUCAUACUAACAUGCUAACAUCCUUGCUUGUAUUAUUUUAGUAGUCCUGUUUUCUCCACAGAUACACAAAUGAAAGCCUGGAUUCAUUAGCAAGCUUCUCUUACAAAACACAAAUUGAUGUAAGCAACUCCAGUUUUGUACUGCACAAAAUGUCCAAGAAUGAAAUGCUUAUCCUCCAGAUGACAUAUCUAUUUUAUUUUUAGACAGGGCUCAAGCCCUCAUGGUUGAAAAUAAGUACUUUACAAUUCAACAGUUGGGCAAUUGGAUGACCAAACAAGUGCCUCAGUAGCUUUGCAGUCCUGUCUUACACCUCAUUCAGUGCAACCACAUAGCCAAGUGCCCUGUAUCUCACUGAUCAUAUCCUUUCCUUGGUCGUUUUGACCAGUUUAUCAACACUGCUUAUUGGAACCACAUUAUUUAGCUAUUAAUUCCCAAGAAAUAAAGAAUUAAAAUACUGGCAUAUGCAAGACUUCAUAUUUUUAUUAUUCAUAUAGCACAAUGUAGAUUUGCUACCUCUUUGCAGAGAAGACAAAAAUUGUUACUGUUAAUUUGCACAUGUGUUGCAGGCAACUCCCUGUUUGCGCAGGAGUUGUAUUCCGGGUCAUUGCGCACAUCAGCUGAAAACGAAACAUCAGCAGUCGUGCGUCAAUUGGACAUGGGCAAAAUGGUCUUAAACACUUACAAGGACAGCUCAUGGAUUUGUGUUUAAAGUCUGCUCUCAAAUUUGGCCCUCUGAGAUGAGUACUAGACAGUGCAGAAGAUGAAAUCUAAACACCAUUGCAAAGACAAAAAUGAAGCAAAGAUUGUAAUAGUUCAAAACUAGACAGAAUAAUUUAGAUAACCUCUACGCCUGGUGCCCUUCAGACGUUUUAGAUAAGAGCUGAAUGUAACACUGGUGUCUACAGUAGGGCUUCAGUUGGCAUUGAUAUAAACAUGUUUGCCUUCUAUCUAUUUUGUUUCUAUCAAACCACCAAAUAGCAUACUUCAUAAUUUAUUACAGCCCUCCGGUGUAUACUCUGCAUGAAAGUCUGCUCUCAGUGCAAGAUUCAAGAGCACAUUUAAGCUGUGAGAGUAGAGUACAGUGCCAUUAAGAACCAAUAUACCCCGACUAUAGAGCAAUCCCAGUGUUGGCUGGCUCCCCUAGUCAGCAUUGUUGCCUUUGUAUGAUCUGAAUUAAAUUUCAGUUUACUCAUCCAUCCCAUUACUGAGGCUCCUGUCACAUCUAAUGAAAAGGGAAGAAGAACUACAUUGGUGUCAUUAACCUAAUGGCACCGCUCUAAGCCCUCAAAGUGACCCUCUUUUAUUAGGAAAGUUUAUCACUAGGAACGGCCUAUAUUUUUGGUUCUUCUCUUUAGCUCUAAUAUUUUUAGGUAAGCUAAGAAAAUAUUCACUCAUAGCCACAUCUCAGUUUACGUAGUGAACUUGGUUUCUGCAUCCUCGAAUAGAAAGUACUUGAGACUCCGGUCUGUUCACCACUUGCACCCACAUUAAAACGCCUGUUUGUGAAGUACUUUGUGGUAGCAAUCAGUAAUUGAUCCUAUAAUUCAGUACAAAAUGAAGUAAGAAGUGAUACUUAGUUUUAAUUAAUAAUAAAUUUUAAGUUUGGUGGGGCGGGGAGGCACACCAAUAUUACUUAAGAACAGCUCUUAAUGAAUCCAGCCUUGUAGUUCAUGUAUCUCUGAGAAUGUGUAGUGUAUCUGAAUUGGUAUCUCCUUUUCCCCCAGAGGAAGAUGUGUCACCACACUUAAGGGUGCAGUCACACUGCAAGAUGUUACAGUGGUGGUGCUGCCAAGCUGGUCCCCAUUCUUUUAUGGGAGGUCUACUCAAGAAAGAGGAUCAGCUGUGUCAUUAGUGCCGGCUGACUCUGCAGUGUUCUUGUCCAGCUUUGCCAUUUAUUUCAAAGCAGGGGGAAAGGGCACCUUCCUAAGGGCCUCUUCUUCCCUUGCCUGUUCUGUGCUUCCAACUUAGAAUUAAGGUGCAAAACAGAUGUGGUUUGAUGGCUGCUGUGUGGAUUAGAACACAAGUAACCUUUGGUGUGGUUCACUCAUAAGAAUCUCAGAUGUUCCAAUUUUGUCCAAUACUGUAUGCCUUUUUAUGUUUUUAGUUAAUUGUGAAAAAUCCUCCUGUUUCUUUGGCCAAAGAAAUCUGUGGUACCAGAUGGACUUAUCUUUGAUUGUAUUUGUGUGUGUGUGUGUGUGUGAGAGAGAGAGAGAGAGAGAGAGAGAGAGAGAGAGAAGAGCAGGGGUGAUAUUUUAAAAGUUUAAGAAAGAAAUUAUUAGUGAUUACUAAUGCAUUACUGUAGAACUAGCCUUUGGAAUGCCUAUAAAUGCUUCUCUAGGUGGAGGUAGGCAUGAACCACUUGCUGCUAACAAUUUAUGCUUUUCCAUUUUGAUUCAAGUAUACUAUCUGAACAAAAAGCUUUUUAAAAAAACUUCACAAAGUUUUAUAAUUUUUUUAAAAAUAGUCAUCAUCAGGAAAAUACAUUUUAGUGGACACAAUAAUUUCAUAUAUUCACAUGGUACUAUAAUUUUUUAAAAAAA